AUUUGCUGGAGCAGCUCACAGAACUCAGGAAAACUGGAUUUAUUCACUAGAUUACCAAUUUAUCCUGAAGGAUACAACCCAGGAACAGCUCCAUGGGAGAGAUGCAGAGGGGACAACUUAGCCCUAUUAAAGGAGGUCAGGUGGAGUCAGGAGGAAUGUGGGAGAAAGCUGUGAAGGGCCCAGCUUGCAGCACCAUGAAGAGCUUUCCCAUCGGCUUUCUUGUUCUCUUGAUCUUCAUCCUGAAUGUCCAUCGUGGAAUUGCCACACGUGGCAGUGAUGUGGCCAAGUUUUGCUGCUUCCAAUAUAGCCACAAGAUCCUUCCCUGGAAGUGGGUGCAUUCCUAUAAAUUCACCAGGAACAGCUGCUCCCAGCAGGCCGUGAUAUUCACUACCAAAAAAGGCCAUAAAGUCUGUGCACAACCAAAGGAAAAAUGGGUGCAAAGAUACAUCUCUUUACUCACAGAACAGCAGUAAUCGUUAACUGUUGAAUUUUAAGCCCAAGGACACCUGGACCCUGCUCUUGACCCUGCUGUCCUUUGCAGAACCCGGAGACUUUCUUCAGCAGAAGGCUCGCUGGGACUGAGGAAGAAGAGAACUUUUAAGAAAGAUGUCUCCAUUAAGAUUUGAUUUGCUCCUAAACAUUCUUAUUCAGUAAAAGCUGAGUCUUCACCAAAGCAAAGAAGCGGAGUCAAUAUUCUUGGCUGGUUCCCUGCCCUAACACUGGUGUGGAAUUCUUCCUUAUGUUCUUGUACCAAAAAAAAAAAAAGCAAGGGAGAGUUUAAUAUAUUUUGGCAAAAUGCCCAUCAAAUGUUUUCACAUUAUUUAGAGAGGUAAGUUUAUGUGACUUGGAAAAUUAAAUUCUGUGCAACCCCUCAUGGCCUGUUGGUGUUGGGUGAAUAAAAUGCCCUCUGUAUCCGGAGGUGCGGUGUCUCUGUUUUCUCAUAAGUGGUCAAUCAAUAAACAUAAAUAC